UAGAAUUGACACGGAAAUAACGCGGGAAAUUUUCAUGGUCUUCAUUAACUUGAUCAAGAGCGCAAGUAAAUGCAGUGUGUUUGCGUUAUUUAAACCGGUAAGCACAUUAAAAAAAAUGAGUGGGCAGGCGAAAAUUUCGGCUUUCUUCACACAGUCUACCAAGCGGACGAUCAACAAUGUCAAUAAUGGAGAAAUCGGAGAAACAGUGCCUAAAACACCAAGCCCAAAGAAGCUCAAAAUGGAUGAAAAAGGGGAAGAUGUCUCAUCAAUGAAAGAGAAUAUAGAAAACAGUCCCAACAGCAAUGUACCAUCAGCCCCUUUAUCUCCUGAACAAAAAGACAGGAUAGAACAGAACAAGUUAGCAGCCAGAGCUAGACUAGCAUCCAAGACAUCUAAUGGUCUACUGGUCGAUGUAGGACCAUCGUGGUUCAAAGCCCUGGAGAGUGAAUUCUCAAAGGAGUAUUUUACCAAUCUUUCAAGGUUUGUGAUGUCUGAAAGAAGCAAGCAUACAAUAUAUCCCCCAGUCCAUGAUGUGUUUAGCUGGACCAACUACUGCAGUAUUGAUAAAGUUAAAUUGGUCAUCCUAGGACAGGACCCUUAUCAUGGACCCAAACAAGCUCAUGGUCUGUGUUUUAGUGUCCAAAAGGGAGUGCCACCACCACCAAGUUUACAAAAUAUGUACAAGGCCCUCUCAGAAGACAUACCUGGAUUUUCCCAUCCUGGACAUGGUACUCUCAUAGGAUGGGCAAACCAAGGAGUCCUGCUUUUGAAUGCCUGUCUGACGGUGAGGGCGGGGCAGGCUAACUCCCACAAAGACCAGGGCUGGGAGAAGUUUACUGACGCUGUCAUAUCGUAUCUAAACAAAAACAAACGAGGACUGGUGUUUAUUUUGUGGGGAUCCUAUGCUCAGAAGAAAGGAGCACAUAUUGACAAGAAGAAGCAUCACGUGUUGACCGGUGUCCACCCCUCGCCGCUCUCUGCUCACCGGGGAUUCUUCAGCUGUAAACAUUUCUCAAAGUGUAACGAACUUCUUAAAAAGGAGGGGAAAUCGGCCAUCGAUUGGAGUCAUCUCCCACCACAAAGUUAGAUCAAUACACAAAAGUGGGGAACUUCAUUCAUAAAGACAUAGUAACUCUUCAUAAUCAUGUAGCACAUGUUGUCAUUAUUCAUUCGUCAAUAGUUUUAUUAGCUCAGCUGAGUCAGAGCGUAACAUAAAGUGAGCUUAUCUGAUCAGACUGAUUUUAACUGUUGUCAUUUGAUGUCUGGCUGGGAAUUUUCACAUUUUCUAAUUUUUGAAAAAAAAUUUCUCUGAUCCUAGAUUGGAUAUUUGAGAGGGAGGGGGUUAUCUUGCAUGUAUUGUUAAUAUUUUUAUCCAGAGGAUUUCUAUUAAAAAAAUUAAAGAAUAUUAUAGCCCUUACAGUUGCAGAGCAUUACAGUUAUGCUCUAAUUAUGCUUUCACAAAGUGAUUUAUGAAUUGUUCCAUGCAUGCAGAAAAGCUGCUAACCAUUAUAUUGGAAAUCCAAAAUGUUCUGUUUUUAUAUUAUGCUGGAGAUUUAAUCAAUUUUUUUUUGUUACAAGACAAAGUUUUGUCACUAUUGUUGAUUUAAACUGCUUUAAUAGUACUAUAAAGUGAAGUUGAAUUUUUAAAUAAAAUACUUGAAAUCUUUUAA